GCCCUAUGGCUCCUAUGGAGCUGGGACAGCCCCUGGAUAGUGGCAUUAGCUAGGCAAUGCUUUCGCCUAGGGGUUCAUCCCCAGGCAUGGAAAGUAGUAAAGGGGAUCCUGCUCCAGAAACCUAAUAAGCCUGACUAUACCCUAGUCAAGGCAUAUAGGGUGAUCAGCCUGCUCAACUGCCUGGGGAAGGUUAUAGAAAAGAUAGCGGCAGAGGCCAUUUCUGACUAUUGUGAAACCACAGGGGUCCUACAUCCUAGCCAAAUAGGGAGCCAUAGGCACUGGAGUGCCACAGAUGCUGUUGCAUGCCUGAUCUAG